UUACACCUCCGAGUCGUAUUGUGAUAAAUAAGGAAUAACAACGUUUGGCAAUUUUUUACGUAUAAAUAAAACCUAAUUAAAUGAAAUUUGUUUCUUCUCCCCUUGUGAAUUCUCACGUCCUUUUGUUCUUUUUGGAUCCAUCCUUUUACAAAAGGAAUAUUUGUCUAUGUCACUUACGUUGAUUCUUGAAUAUGAUGCAUUCUCAAAAAUCUUCUUUUUCGAUUGGAGUUUGGGAAUUUUAAGGGCCCACUAAAGGAGGAAGCGCUCUCGAGGAAAAAAACACAUUGUGGAGAUUGAGGUAAGAGGAAAAGAUGUUAAGAUUAUUGACUGAAGUGGCUAAUAGUGGCAACACAAAGUCUGCUGAACAAGGCCUCAUUAGUACUGUGCUCCCAUUGCUUAAACUUCUUUCUCUUGCACUUUUUGGAUUAGUUCUUGCUCACAAGAAAUUCCAAAUUGUCCCAAGAGAAACCUUCAAACUCCUUAGCAAACUCGUCUUUGCACUUUUCUUGCCAUGUUUGAUCUUCACUCACUUGGGGCAAUCGAUCACAAUUGAUAAAUUUGUGCAUUGGUGGUUUAUACCCGUUAACGUGUUGUUGAGUACAAUCAUUGGCUUUAUCUUAGGUGUGUUAGUAGUGAUCAUAUGUCGUCCACCUCAAGAAUUUACUCGAUUCACUAUCAUCAUGACCGCGUUUGGUAACACCGGAAAUCUUCCCUUAGCUAUAGUUGCCUCUAUUUGUCAUAGUAUGGAUCAUCCUUUUGGACCUAAUUGCAAAAGGAAUGGAGUUGCCUAUGUUUCUUUUGCCCAAUGGGUCGGGGUUAUUCUUGUUUAUACUCUCGUUUAUCAUAUGAUGGAGCCUCCGAUGGAGUACUAUGAGGUUGUCAAUGAAAAGGAGGACAAGGACAAAGAGGACGAGCACGAGGAUAACGAAGCUAGUAGGCCUCUUUUAGUUGAAGCAGAGUGGCCUGGCAUUGAGGACACAGAAACAGAACAUUCAAAAAUGCCCCUUGUCGCGAAGAUCUUUAUGUCUUCGUUAUCCAAUAUACCUGAUACAGACAACAAUGUUGAAGAUGCAACGGAUACUCACGAGUCAAUUAGGUGUUUGGCAGCACCUAGAGUUGUCAAGAAAAUGAGAACGGUUGCUGAACAAACGCCCGUGCAGCACAUCCUUCAGCCCCCCACGAUUGCUUCUCUGCUUGCCAUACUCGUUGGUACAGUCCCACAUGUAAAGGUAUUUGUCUUUGGAUACGACGCCCCUCUAUCUUUCAUAACGGAUAGUUUGGAAAUCCUAGCCGGUGCAAUGGUGCCAUCGGUCAUGCUAAUCCUCGGAGGAAUGCUCGCUGAGGGACCUAACGAAUCCAAACUUGGCAUUAGGACUAUGAUUGGAAUAUCGGUAGCAAGGCUUUUGGUGCUUCCGUUAUUGGGGAUCGGAGUUGUUAUGUCGGCUAAUAAGAUGAAUUUUCUUGUCGAGGGCGAUCAUAUGUACACGUUUGUGCUUCUGUUGCAGUAUACAACGCCAAGUGCAAUAUUGUUGGGAGCAAUUGCCAGCUUGCGAGGUUAUGCAGUAAGUGAAGCCUCAGCACUUAUUUUCUGGCAACACUUAUUGGCACUUUUUUCACUGUCAUUGUACAUUAUUGUUUACUUUAAGCUGUUCUCUUUUCUCUAAACUGAAUUUCAUGCACUUAAU